AUGGCUAAACGUUCGCACAAGAAGGGCGGCAACCGCCCACAGCAACCAAAGAGACAGCGUCUUGAGAAGGAAGAGGUCGAUGAGGAAAACACCGACCAGCUUGUUUCCAAGAUUAACGACGAGUACGACGACGUCGAGGCGCUUUUAGAGAAGGACAGUGAGAGCGAGGAAGAGGAAAAGGAGGAGGAAGAUUCCAAGAGUGAGAGCGAAGAAGAAGAAGAAGAAGAAGAAGAAGAAGAAGAAGAAGAAGAAGAGGAGGAAGAGGAAAGGGAAGAGGAAAUUUCCAACAGUUCUUCUAGACCUGCUAUUGUCGAAAACCCUACUCUGUUCUCCGAGCUCCACCUUUCUGAGCCAACAAUGAAAGGUAUUAAUGAUAUGGGCUUCACCAAGAUGACUGAGGUUCAAUCGAGAACGAUUCCUCCUUUGCUCAGCGGCAAGGACGUCUUGGGAGCUGCCAAGACUGGUUCGGGAAAGACUCUUGCUUUCUUGAUUCCUGCUAUCGAGCUUUUGUACUCGCUCAAGUUCAAGCCCCGUAACGGAGCAGGAGCCAUUGUGAUUACUCCUACCAGAGAGUUGGCUUUGCAGAUUUUCGGAGUUGCUCGCGAACUUAUGGCUCACCACUCCCAGACUUUGGGAAUUGUGAUUGGAGGUGCCAAUAGAAGACAAGAGGCUGAAAAGUUGGCUAAAGGAGUCAACUUGAUCAUUGCCACCCCAGGAAGAUUACUCGACCACUUACAAAACACAAAGGGAUUCAUUUUCAAGAACCUCAAGACAUUAAUCAUAGACGAAGCAGACAGAAUUUUGGAAAUCGGUUUCGAAGACGAAAUGAAGCAGAUUGUCAAGAUCUUGCCAAACGAAAACAGACAGUCGAUGCUGUUUUCCGCUACCCAAACCACCAAGGUCGAGGACCUUGCCAGAGUUUCUUUGAACAAGGCUCCUCUUUACAUCAAUGUCCAUCAGGAUAGAGAAACUUCUACUGCAGAUGGAUUGGAGCAGGGAUACGUUGUUUGCGACAGCGACAAACGGUUCUUGCUUCUCUUUUCGUUCUUGAAGAGAAAUCUCAAGAAGAAAGUCAUUGUUUUCCUUUCGUCUUGCAACUGUGUGAAAUAUUACAGUGAGCUUCUGAAUUAUAUCGAUUUGCCAGUUUUGGAUCUCCAUGGAAAACAGAAGCAACAGAAGCGUACAAACACGUUCUUUGAGUUCUGCAAUGCCAAGCAGGGUAUUCUGGUCUGUACCGAUGUUGCUGCUAGAGGAUUAGACAUCCCUGAAGUUGACUGGAUUAUCCAGUUCGAUCCGCCUGAUGAUCCACGUGACUAUAUCCACCGUGUCGGACGUACCGCAAGAGGAAGCAAAGGUAAGGGAAAGUCUCUGAUGUUUUUGACUCCUUCGGAGCUUGGGUUCUUGAGAUACCUCAAGGCUGCCAAGGUUCCACUUAACGAGUACGAUUUCCCAUCCAACAAGAUCGCCAACGUCCAGUCCCAACUUGAGCAAUUGGUGAAAAAUAAUUACUGGUUGCACCAAUCUGCUAAAGAUGGAUACAGAGCAUAUUUGCAAGCAUAUGCUUCCCACCACCUCAAGACCGUUUACCAGGUCGACAAGUUGGACCUUGUCAAGGUUGGUAAGUCGUUUGGAUUCCCUGUGCCUCCUAAAGUGAACAUCACCAUUGGCUCAAGUCUUUCGAAAAAGAGAAAAUGA